AAUCAAAAAGCAACUUUCAGCCGCCAAGUCCCUCCACCUGCCUGGAGAGGCGAGGGGCGGGGCUGGCGCUGGCCGCGGAGGCGUCACGUACUCCAUGGUAACGACGCUCGGCCUGAAGAUGGCGGCCGAGUCGGGUAGAAGAGCGGGCACCUCGGAUUCAGGCCUGGGCCCGAGCCGGUGGCACUGGAGCGGUCCUUUAUGGGUUCGAGGCGUUUUACUUCUUUUGGGCGGGCUCCGGGCAAGCACCACAUCUAUUCCUGUCUCCUUGCGCAGUUCUCCUCCGUGCCGGCACCACGUCCCCUCUGACUCUGAGGUCAUAAAUAAGGUCCAUCUUAAAAAUCAUGUUGUAAAGAGAGAUGUUAAUGAACAUUUAAGAAUUAAGAUUAUCUACGAUAAAAGUAUUGAAGAGUUGCUCCCUGAGAAAAGACACCUUGUAAAGAACAAACUUUUCCCACAAGCUGUUUCUUAUUUAGAGAAGACUUUCCAGGUUCGUAGACCUGCGGGCACUAUAUUACUUAGUAGACAAUGUGCAACAAACCAAUACCAAUACCUACGGAAGGAAAAUGAUCACCAUAGAUGCUGUACUGGGGAAUGUGCAGAGCAUACAAAAUGCGGUCCCAUUAUAGUGCCUGAGGAGCACCUCCAGCAAUGCAGAGUCUGUUGUGGCGGUAAGUGGCCCUGUGGAGCAGUGGGUGUGCCAGACCAAGAGGGAGUCCGGGAUGCAGACUUUGUUCUUUAUGUUGGUGCUCUGGCCACUGAGAGGUGUAGCCAUGAAAACAUCAUCUCUUAUGCAGCCUAUUGUCAGCAGGAAGCAAAAAUGGACAGGCCAAUAGCAGGAUAUGCUAACCUGUGUCCAAAUAUGAUCUCUACCCAGCCUCAGGAGUUUGUUGGGAUGCUGUCCACAGUGAAACAUGAGAUUAUUCAUGCGCUGGGUUUCUCUGCUGGGCUAUUUGCAUUCUACCAUGAUAAAGAUGGAAAUCCUUUAACUUCAAGAUUUGCAGAUGGUCUCCCACCUUUUAACUAUAGUCUUGGAUUAUAUCAAUGGAGUGAUAAAGUAGUUCGAAAAGUGGAGAGAUUAUGGGACAUUCGUGAUAAUAAGAGAGUUCCUCACACUGUUAAUCUUCUAGUAACACCUCGUGUUGUCGAUGAAGCACGAAAACACUUUAACUGUCCAAUUCUUGAGGGAAUGGAACUUGAAAAUCAAGGUGGUAUGGGCACUGAGCUCAACCAUUGGGAAAAGCGGUUAUUAGAGAAUGAAGCAAUGACUGGUUCUCAUACCCAGAACCGAGUCCUCUCUCGAAUCACUCUGGCGUUAAUGGAGGACACUGGCUGGUAUAAAGCUAAUUACAGCAUGGCUGAGAAAUUAGACUGGGGCCGAGGAAUGGGCUGUGACUUUGUCAGGAGGAGCUGUAAAUUCUGGAUUGAUCAGCAGAGACAAAAGAGACAGAUACUGAACCCUUACUGUAACACACUCAGAAGUAAUCCAUUGCAGUUAACUUGCAGACAGGACCAGAGAGCAGUUGCAGUGUGCAAUUUGCAGAAGUUUCCAAAACCUUUACCUCAGGAAUACCAGUACUUUGAUGAACUCACUGGAGUACCUGCAGAAGAUCUGCCUUAUUACGGUGGUUCAGUAGAAAUUGCUGACUACUGCCCUUUCAGUCAGGAAUUCAGUUGGCACUUAAGUGGUGAAUAUCAGCGCAGCUCAGAUUGUAGAGUACUGGAAAAUCAACCAGACCUUUUUAAAAACUAUGGUGCUGAAAAGUAUGGGCCUCAUUCAGUUUGUCUAAUUCAGAAAUCAGCAUUUGUCAUGGAAAAAUGUGAAAGGAAGCUGAGUUACCCGGACUGGGGGAGUGGAUGCUAUCAGGUUUCUUGUUCUCCAGAAGGUCUGAAGGUUUGGGUUCAGGAUACUUCAUAUUUGUGUAGUCGGGCCGGGCAGGUCCUCCCUGUGAGUAUUCAGAUGAAUGGGUGGAUUCACGAUGGAAACCUGCUCUGCCCAUCAUGUUGGGACUUCUGCGAGCUCUGUCCUCCAGAAACAGAUCCUCCAGCUGUUAACCUGACUCGAGCACUACCCCUGGAUCUCUGUUCCUGUUCCUCUAGCCUGGUGGUCACCCUCUGGCUUCUGCUAGGCAAUCUAUUUCCUCUGCUGGCUGGAUUUCUUCUGUGCGUAUGGCAUUAGGAAUGGAAAAGUGAAUUCUAAAGACAUUCCUUUGUGUCAUGUUCCUCUGAACAAAGCACAAAAUCUGGCGCGUGCCAGCCUGUGUGGAUGGUGGAAGUGGCAUUCCUGACUUUGGCUUGGAAGUGUGGACCACAAUCAGAUCCUGAAGCAGAGCUUCACAGCAGUCACGCCUCAUCAGCAACCCAGCAGCCUCAAAGUUUGGAGGAGAAGGAUUUCCAAGUCUCCAAGUCUCUUUACAUUUCAGGAUAUAUAACCUUCUUGAAAUUUUCCUUUGAAAGUGGGAUAAAAGGUGAAGAUUUCAGUGAUUACAUACCUCAGCAUUUCCAUUAACCUAAAACAAUGGGAGAGUUCAUCUCCGCUGCAAUAAUUUAAAGAACAGCUAAUUGUUGCAAGAUUAUAAGUUGUGGACCCUGUCCUCAAAAGUAUAAAUUGUCCUUUGACUUACAGAAAAUAAUUUGAUUUCUACAUCAACUAUUAUACCUAGUUUAAAUUUAAUGACUGUACAUCGUAUACCUAAAUCAUUGUUCUAAUGAGUUUUUUUUUUAAUUUUUGUUUUGCUAAAUCUUAUGAUUUAACCUUUUUCAAACCAGCUGUGUGGCAGUUUCCUGCUGAACCAUUAUGUGUUGGUAGCCCUCUUCUAGCUAUAUCCAUACUCACUGAUCUUCAGAGAGCAGCUUCCAGUUGUAUUCUCCAUUAGUUUAAUAAUGACUUGAAAAACUGGGAAGCAGAGGGAGAAAAAUAUUCUGCCCUGUGAAUCAUUGAAGACAUGCAAAUUGAAUAAAACCUAAUUAUAUGUUUUUAAGAUAAUAGUUAUGACAACUGCUAUCCAACAAGAAUAGAACUUUCCUUUUUGACAAAUGAAGAUAAAAAGAAAUUCUGGUAUAGACAGGGAUGCAGUUAUUUUUAGGUUGGCUUAGAAACUGUUAGGUUUGGAGGAGCCUGGUAGGCUGCAGUCCAUGGGGUCGCAAAGAGUCGGACACUACUGAGCGACUUCAUUUUCACUUUUCACUUUCAUGCAUUGGAGAAGGAAAUGGCAACCCACUCCAGUGUUCUUGCCUGGAGAAUCCCAGGGACGGGGGAGCCUGGUGGGCUGCCGUCUAUGGGGUCGCACAGAGUCAGACACGGCUGAAGCGACUUAGCAGCAGCAGCAGCAGUAAAGUGUAGGUUUGGUGUAGAGCCUAUCCAGUAGGGUCCACUUUACCACACAGCGUAUGACUUAGUCCAUAGAAAUCAGAAGAUUGCCUUUGUAAUGUCCUUUACCUCUUGUAUUUGACACUCUUUAUGUCACCCAUUGAUUCUGGUUCCCAGAAGCAAUUCUGCCAUGAUACCAGAGCUGCCCAACCCUACUUAGUAAUCCCAAUGUGAAAUUCUUUAAUAAUGAAUGAUGUCCAGUUUUUCUUGAAAAAAGAAACUUCAUGAGCUCUAAAGCUAUGAAGUCCUAUGGCAUUAUAAACGUAGCCCUUGAACAAACAUUAAUUCAUUAAUUGGUUGGCCCUGUAAUUCAGCGUACAGUUAUCAAGUAUUCAGUUUAAGAAAUUGUGCUAAGUGAACAAACAGCAUAAUUACUAAGAAAUAAUUCCAACCUACUAUUUGGCACUGGAGUCAAACAGCAACUCCAGCAUAAAGGAAAGUCACCUCUUUUUUUUUUAGGUGCAUAUAUUUAAAAUACUUAUCUGCCUGCAAUUUUAAAUUGGAGGUUUUUGUCUUUGUGAAAUGCUGGGAGUCUCUAGCAUAGCCAGCCUCAACUGAAGAAGAGCUAAUAAUAAUGGUGUUUCUGCCUUUGUCCUGCAUACUUUAAAUCAUGCAAAUCAGAAAAAUGUAGAGUAUAUUUUUAAAGAAAGUUAUAAAUCUAAGCAUAUAUACCUAAUGUGAUUAUGAAUCAUUGCAAAGUUAUAUAAAUAAUUUUACCAAAAAUAAUAUGGAUUAAUAAUAUAUUUGAGACUCACAGUGAUAGGUUCAGUUAUAUUUUGACUGUUGUGCAGUAAUCCCAUUUAGGUAGUAUUGUUUCUGAGCAUGGUGCUUUUUAUACUUGAAAUAUAUUUUUGCUUUAUUUUUAUUGAUAUAAUUAUAUUUGCACUAAUGAAUUUCUGAAGAAGAUAUUAUAGAUGACAUUUUUUCUAUCUAUAUUUGUUAAGCUUGGCAUCUGGUAGCCCAGUGUUUCCUCUGCACAAAUGUAGAAUCUGAUACAGUAUAAUGUUAAGAAAUCUUGAAUUUUUGAGGGUAACUAACUGUGCUGGUGUCUUCCUUCCUCCUCAGCAAGUUUUGAAAAUGGUUGCUUGUCACUGAUUGUGCAUAGUAUACUCAAUGAAGAUUUAGAAAGCCACUGAACAUUUAAGAAAUUUUAAAAGGCAUAGUUUAGUCACUUAGUAGAUGAUGAAAUUCUAAAACAAUAUUCUAAAAACAAAAAUUUUUAAGUCUGAAAUUUCAGUGCAGAAUUAGUGGACUGUAAUUCAGUUUUGAACUGAAGAACUUGAAAUGACCUAAAUGUCAGUAUCCUGUGACAGGUGAUUCCGUUUAUGUUUGCAAAACCAGUUCACAGAGAGACUGCGGCCUUGGUGGAGGGAGGUGGGGCAGUAGCUAAUCUGAUGAUAGCAGACUGAAGUCCCUUUCUGAUUCAGAAGGGGCCAAGUGCUUAUAAAAACUGACUACCUCAGUUUUCAUUUCAGACUUAAGUUCAUUUUGAUAGUAUUAAGGUCCCAAUGUCAAAAUUAACAAGUGAAUUUAUCUCUCAGGUUUUCAAGAACAGAAUUUAUAGGAAGGAAGCAAAAGCCAUGUCGUUAGACUUGAGCUGACAGCUUUAAAGAAACUGACAAGCAGUUAGGUAGUCUUAGUAUAGAUCUCUCUGUAUUCUCCUGAAAAACAUCUUUUCCUAAAAAUGUUAUAAGUUAUGCUUAAAGUUAGUUUCAGCCUAAUAUAUUGGCUAAGAAUUUAUCAAUAUUUGAAAGUGAAACAUAAUGAAGUUUAAAUAGUUUUAAGAAGAUACAUAAAUAAGUAUUCUGGAGUAUUCCAUAAAAUUUUAUCAAUAUUCAAUAUUAGAAGACUCACUGAUUGAGACCAUCUGUAAAAUGACCAUAUGCUGUCUCAGAAUCUCUCCAGCUCUAAUACUCUGUGACUGAUACUCGUGCAGAAUUGCUUGGUCACUGCUGGCUCUGGCCUGCUUCCUGGAGUAUGCCAGCUUACAUCCCCCUCGUGUUCGUUGCAGUGUCCCGCGCUCAGUGCCUUAGCACUGUCUUUGUCCUUGGACGCUGAAUGGAGAGAGAAGAGGGUGUUUGAGUAAUCUUGGCAGGAUGAGGUGGACUUCAGUCACAGCCCCACAGACCUCUUUCAUAGUUGGCACCUGUCAUCCGUGCCAGGUCCUUGCAGCCCAAGAGGACUAAUGUAUUUUAAUAAAGUCUGUGUUACUUGUUCUGAAGAAAGAACUUACCUGAAAGGAUGACCUUUUUUUGAUACAUUUAGUCAGGGUUGGGGAGGGAGUGGUGAAUUAUUUUCUUUUUGUUUACAUUUUUAAUAAAGUAGAUUUAAGAACUAAUCUUUAUUUAUGGUAUUUAACUUUAAGUGUAAUAUAUUACCUAGAAAAAACAAAGCUUUAAUAAAAAUGGAAACUAA